GGGCUAUUUCUUCUCAAAAUUUGACGCCACUGAUGUCAGAAAGCAAGAAUGAAAGUUCGAAAGAAUUUCUGGAGAGGCACUUCCAUGCAACAAGGCGGGACUUAAGCUGUGAUGGGAAGCUGUGACCAUGGUGAUGGAUGUUGGAUGAUGGAUGAUGGAAUUCUCACACUUUCGCACCAACCUGUAGUACCUUUCAAGCUAGUAGCCUCGUUGUUGUCUCUUGCAGUAGUCUCUCUCUCGCUCUCUCUAGUUUGUGGCCUGACCCAUCAUUGGACAUGGUUGCUUCAGCGCAGAAAUGGGUGCUGUUGAAUUGCUUGCUGUUCCAAGGCGGCGUUGUGGAUGCCUUUGUGAGCCCUCCUCCGAUCAACGCCAAUGGAAAGGUAGCCGCCGCAAGUACUGCUACAAGACACAAUCUGGCAGCAAUGGAAUUGGCUGAUGGAUACAAUGAAAUGCUGGCGCAGUAUCCAUUGGUAACGUCUUCCUUUACUUCGGGUUGUUUGUCAGGGCUGGGAGAUGCCAUUGCCCAGCACAAGGAGGGUAGAGAACAAGGACCACCACAAGUAGAAGAAGAGAAGAGGAGCAAGUGGCUACCACAAAUAGUCAACUUUGAUACCAAGCGCAACCGUCGAUUCAUCAUCAAGGGAUUGGGUGGAGGACUCAUCUGGUUGUUUUGGUUCCGAUUGGCCGAUGAGAUUACCCAAUCGGCAGUUAUGCCCUUCACGAGUCUGGGAGGUAUCAGUACCGACGAAUUGGUACUAUCAUCGACCAGUGGAUCACUGCCAGAACAGGCCACCGCCAUUAUCAUUGGUACCACCAUCCUUUCCAUUCUCUUGGAUCAGUUCUUGGCGUCUCCAGUGGUAUUUGCCUUGUGGGAUAUACCCGUACCCAUUCUACUCUCCAAGAGUAUGGAGGAAGAAUCAACAGAAACUUCUCCUCCCAAGCAACAACAACAACAACAACAACCGCAACAAGAAGACUUGCACGUGCACAUUCCACAGCAGAUUCAGGACAAACUGGGAGGUCUGCUUGUGGCCAAUGCCAAAAUAUGGACCUUUGCCAAUGCCAUUAUCUACAAUCUACCCUUGGAGUAUCGGGUCGUAGCGUCCAGUGUCACCGAUCUGGUUUGGCAAUCCAUUGUCUCGAGUCAUGUCAACACGGACAGUCGGGCAGCAGCAGUUCCGGUACCCGACAGGAGAUCAUCUCCAGUAUUGUUUUGAACAACAAGCUAACAAGAAAAACAACUUCCUCGCAGGAGCAAAAUGAACAAAAAGAAAAAACCAUAUAGUAGAGUGCGAGAGGAAGAACGUGAACAUACAUAAUAUACAGAAUAGGAUUAAUAACGCAGGCUAGCUAGAAUUUCUUUUAUCAUGUC